CCGCCCCCGCCCCCCGUUCUGUUUUGCAGUCACUGUGUCCAUGAGCUCUUUGCCCGCGUUCCUCCCACCCAUCACUUUGCCCCUGAGCAGAGGGAGCCGCAGCCACUGCAUCCAGCAGAUCCUGGAAGCUGUCCUGCACUGUCACCAGAUGGGGGUGGUCCACAGAGACCUCAAGCCGGAGAACCUGCUUCUGGCCAGCAAGUGCAAAGGGGCAGCAGUGAAGCUGGCGGACUUUGGCCUUGCCAUCGAGGUGCAGGGGGAUCAGCAGGCCUGGUUUGGAUUUGCUGGCACACCUGGCUACCUGUCCCCUGAGGUCCUGCGCAAGGAGGCCUAUGGCAAACCGGUGGACAUCUGGGCAUGUGGGGUCAUCCUGUACAUCCUGCUGGUGGGCUACCCGCCGUUCUGGGAUGAGGACCAGCACAAACUCUACCAACAAAUCAAGGCCGGGGCCUAUGAUUUCCCUUCACCUGAGUGGGACACAGUCACCCCCGAAGCAAAAAACCUCAUCAAUCAGAUGCUGACCAUCAACCCUGCCAAGCGCAUCACAGCCCACGAGGCCCUCAAGCACCCGUGGGUCUGCCAACGUUCUACCGUGGCCUCCAUGAUGCACAGGCAGGAGACAGUGGAGUGCUUGAAAAAGUUCAAUGCCCGGAGGAAGCUCAAGGGUGCCAUCCUCACCACCAUGUUGGCUACCAGGAACUUCUCAGUGGGCAGACAGACCACCGCUCCUCCCACCAUGUCGGCGGCCGCUGCCGGGGCCCCCCUGGGGCUGGUGGAACAAGCAGCUAAGAGCUUACUGAACAAGAAGGCGGACGGUGUGAAGCCCCAGACCAACAGCACCAAAGGCAGUGCUGGCGUCACCAGCCCCAAGGGGACCCUCCCGCCCACCGCUCUGGAGCCUCAAACUACUGUAAUUCAUAACCCCCCGGACGGCACCAAGGAGUCCUCCGACAGCACCAACACCACCAUUGAGGACGAGGACACCAAAGCCCGCAAGCAGGAGAUCAUCAAGAUCACGGAGCAGCUCAUCGAGGCCGUCAACAACGGAGACUUCGAGGCCUACGCGAAGAUCUGCGAUCCGGGGCUCACCUCCUUUGAGCCCGAGGCACUGGGAAACCUGGUGGAGGGGAUGGACUUCCACCGCUUCUACUUUGAAAACCUGCUCUCCAAGAACAACAAGCCCAUCCACACGACCAUCCUGAACCCACACGUGCACGUCAUCGGGGAGGACGCGGCCUGCAUCGCCUACAUCCGCCUCACCCAGUACAUCGACGCGCAGGGCCGGCCCCGCACCAGCCAGUCCGAGGAGACCCGCGUCUGGCACCGCCGCGACGGCAAGUGGCAGAACGUCCACUUCCACGGCUCGGGGGCCCCCGUGGCCCCGCUGCAGUGAAGAGCUUGCGGUGGCUGUCCUGGUUCCAGCCCGAUGGAGACGGCGAUGGGAGCCGAGGCGGCAGCCGGAGCUGCGGCCCCCCGAAGCACGCGUCCGCAUGCCUGUCCCCCCUACCCUGGCCCCUGCUCCCCCCUCCAGUGCCUGUGUUUGCAGAAAACAAAAAGAAAAAAAAGAAAAAAAAAAAAAAAAAGCCAAAACAAUGAAAACAAAAACAAAAAGAAAAAAAAAAGAAAAAAAAAAAAAGAAAAAAUAAAAGGGGAAAACUCCACCCCAAUCCCAAACCCACCCACACCCCCAAACCUAACCCAGCCGCUCGGCCACAGGCGAGGGCGCUGGGGGGCUCAGCCCCCCCCCUCGGCCCGUCUCUGCUGGGGGGGAAGGGGGGUCCCAGCCCCCCUCCCGGCUGUGCUCGUGGCGUGUUGCUGUCGCUGGUGGUGGAUGUUGUUCUUUGGGCUCUGCUUUGCUCUGUCCUGCCC